UUGCCUACAACAUUGAUGCUGAGACGUGGCGCGAGUGCAGUCCAUAUUACAGGACUUCGUGAAGUUAUAACAUGGCGUCUCUAGCAGUAGCUUGCGGCGGAUUUAUCGCCUUAGUUUUGUUCAUUUUGCAGACGGUUGGGGUAGCAACAAAUCACUGGUAUGUAGUAGAAGUAUUGACCGGAUCAAGCAAGAUUACCAUCGGUCUGUUUAGGAUAUGUGUAGAAAUCAACCGUCUCGGCUCUAGCGCCAGCCAGUGCUUCACGUACAGUAGUUACAGCACCACACGGGAUCUACUGAGUUUUAACUACUAUGCGAUUACGGGACUAAGUGUCAUUGGCUGUAUCCUCCUCUUCACCACUAUCAUCGUCGCUAUCGUCGGGUGUGUCACCACAAGACCAGAUCGUCCGACUAUCAAAAACCUGUCCGGUAUCUGGUUUUGUUCCUCCGGAUGUACUAUUGCUGCUGUCAUCUGGUUUUACUUCACCCAAUACAACAACUCGCAGACACUGCUGUCCUUGACCUCUCUUGUAGAGGUCAGCCUUGGCUAUUCCUUCUACCUUGUGGUUAUAGCUGGUGGAGGUACACUUAUUGCCGCCAUUACUAUGUGUGUGAUGGCAAAUAACAUGGAUGUUCCGCAGACCGCCACCCCUGUCCCUUUCGUAGCCCCAGCGGGACAACAGGUUAUUGUGAUGCACUCAGGAGUCCAACAGCAGGGUCCUGCUGGCAAUCCACAGCCUGGCUACAUUCAACCGGGGUAUCCACAGUCUGGCUUCAGUCAACCAGGAUAUACACAGCCUGGCUACAGUCAGCCAGGAUAUCCACAGCCUGGUUAUGCACCAAAUGUACCUGGGUAUGCGGGACAGCCAAUGGCCAACUCACCGCAACCAAUGAAAUGAACGUUUCUUUCAGUAAAAACUUGCAUCCAACAGUGGCUUAAAUGAACAUUCGAAAAUAUGCAACUUUCAAGUGUUGUAAAAAUAUUUUAGACAUUUUUGGGCUCCGACUCUUCUACGUAGUUUCGAGUUAUCAAUGAUAAUUGCGAUCAUUCUUCAAAUUAAGACGUGCAAAAAACGUUCACCCAUGCGUAUCAUUAAAAAAUGAAAAUAUCCUUAAUAAGAAAAUUUCAAAUUUUGUAUGAUUUGAUUGAAGAAUAUGAUCAUCAUAACAAUAACAACUACUGAUAGACGUUACAUGUUUAUGAAAUUAUAUAGAUAUAUAUAUAUUGCCCUCCUACCAAACCUGGUAGAUGAACGAGGCAAUUGUUGAACAAUGACUCUACUUUAUUCUCUAUUAAGGACAUACAGAUAUUUAAUGAUCUUCUCUGCAUCCAAAUUGACGCAUGAAAAUAGUAAAACAUAAUUCCUUUGUUAUUA